UAUUAUUCACCAUAUGAUGAUAUGGGUUCUCUGGGAGAUCCAAGAAGUUGGAUUUCAUAUAUGAACAGCAAAGAUUGUUCAUUAGAGUGGUGUCACAAACAUAAAUUGUAUCCUCCACCGUCAACAGCACCACCUAAUUCAAGGCCAAAAUUUUCCCCUCUUAUAAUUGCCAUGGCGGGGAUCUUGGCCACCGCUUUUAUUCUUGCAAGUUACUACUAUAGCCGCCGCAGAGAGAACUCCAACGAUGACGAUGACGAUUCAGUCCAUGAAGCCGAAACUUGGUGGCAUCAAUACUACGUCUCAACAAGCACCACAACCAGAAUUGGCGGCGACUUAGAUGAGGAUGCGUUAAAGUGGAUGGCAGUGUGGAAGUACAAGAGUGGUAAAAGCAGAGCCGAUAGCUGUUGUGUUUGUUUGAAUGAAUUUGAAGAGGGAGACAGUGUUAGGGCUUUGCCGAACUGCACCCAUGCUUUUCAUCCUCUUUGCAUUCAGACAUGGCUCAAAUCUCACUCCACCUGCCCUCUUUGUCGUCGUGCCACUGCCCCCUAGCUCCCCCAUACGCGGUGGUGGUGGACCUCCCUCUCCCUGCAGGAACUGACACUACUACCGAAGAAGAAGAAGAAGAAGAAGAAAGCAUACAUAAUAACGGUAAUGUUGAUAACAACAGUCUGCACAGAAUAAUUGAUAUAAUAAGAGAUGGUCAACUUCAGGUAGGGGGUCAUGAUGAUGAUCAGUCCAUUAAUAAAACUAUCAGGAAGUCAGUUUCUAUGGACCCCCACUCAUUCUCGUCGUCAUCGUCUUCGGCAUCAAAGAGCAGAUACAGAUCUGGUGGAGAUCAAAGAAGCAGUAAGUCCUGCAGCUAUAAGAGAAAACAUGUAUUGCAUUCUGUAUUCAGGGGCCCAAUUGCUAUGAAAAGGUCAUUUUCCGGUAGUGCAAGAGCUAGUCACACAGCAAGGCACUAAUUAUCAUAACCCGUAUGUAA